AUGGGCGGCCGGGGUUCCAUUGUCAUUGGCACGGUCGAGAUCACCACUGUCUCCAUAGCAAUAUACGUGCAGCUCUCCAUCGUGUAUGGGAUGUGGUAUGCCAGGUCCACGUCCUUAUCGCUGGACCCGUACAUCUGCGUCCCCGUUGCAUCGAUGCCGUGUAGUGGGUAUCUUGCGUCAAUCUAUACCGACGGCUGCAACAGCUUCGCAGCCGGAAUGUGGUGGACGUCGACGAGCAGGCUAUACGAUGUUGUCGGCGCCGCAAUCAGCGGUAGGUGA